AUGUCCGGCGUGAUACGAAACCAGUCUGCCGCUGCCUUCCAAGGCUUCUCCAUCUCUCAGCCCUUCCUCGGCGCGUCUUUGCAGUUUUACCCUGAGAUGGGUACCCAGGAACUCGACGACCUUGUCAACGCCUACCUCCCCGGCUCUGCCUCCAUCCAGGAGAAGCGGGCCACCGUCUCCAUGGACUUCUUUGCAUUCUCUCAGCUCACUGGAGAGACCUUCAAGUACUAUCCCGUUGCCAGCGAUUCCAGCAGCUCCGCCAUCUCCUCUGCCGGAUCUAGCCCCAUGCAGAACUCCAGCAGCAGCUCCAACUUCGUCUCCCCUGUCAUUUCUGACUGGUCUUGGUCUCAGUCUACGCCCGGCUCAGCCUCUGCGUCAACUCCCGCAUCCCUCAGCCAGGAAUCCGUGUACUCCAAGUCGUCCAAGAGGGCUGCAUCUUCUGCGGCAAAGCCCCAGGCUAACGACUUCUCCCACCUUCCUGGGAUGAAGAUCAUGACAAAGGAUGGUCGCGAUGUCACAAACUCUGCUUCUCGCGGUUGCAAAACCAAGGAGCAGCGUGAUCAUGCACAUCUGAUGCGCAUCAUCAAGGCAUGCGACGCCUGCAAGAAGAAGAAGGUCAGGUGUGAUCCUAGCCACAAGAAGCGCACCACCACACAGGCACAGGGUGCGGCUGCCGCUCCAGCGCGGUCGGCGAAGAAGUUCAAGAUGUCGAAGAGGGAUUCGCCAGUAGCACCCCAAAGGUCACCACAACCAAGCACAUUAUUUUCAACACCAGCAUUGUUUACAGAGCCCUCAUUUGCGGACCUCGACAUGCUCGAUAUGGCAGAUUCUUGGGAGUCCUUCGUCCAGUUCGAUGACGAGCCCGCCAAUGUCGCGCCUUUCGAGUACGACUUCUUCUUCGACCCUGCGGGACACCUUACUCCCGAGUCAAGCCAGUCUCCGAUUACUCCCUCGAUGGUGUUCAGCCAGUCUCGGAAUGGAUCCGAUGGCCUUCAAAACGCGGUUGUCAGCAGGCCAUUCACGGACGAGCUCGAUGUCCGGCCACCGGCGCUUCCUUACCUGGAUUCUUCGCCGCGUGUCAGCAACUAUGUCGACUUCAACCUCUACUCACCCGAGCCAAGCUUUUUGGAUGACGAUGUUGCACUGCUCAGUGACAUUGGUACUACUACUACCAGGGCCCAGAGCACGGUGUCUCAGCGCCGUAGCUCGCCUCAAAGCGGCCAGUCGUCAGUUCAGCAACAAGUGCACCUCGGUCGCUCUCCAACGGCUCCAGAUGAUUACUUGGCAGACGAUACCGGAGCACCGGUAAGCGGAACUGCACUGGGAGGAAUCAGCACCGAGUCUGAGUCUCAACUGAGCCUACCCGACCUCAAUGCAACAUCCCGCAGUGUACGCUCACAACGACUUGCGGAUCCAGCCCUGCAACCAAGCUCGCCACAAUUACAACCACUGCCACAUGCCACGCCCCGCGGUGCUGUCAAUUCUUCGGGAGUACAUGCCACCUCACUUGGCGGCGUACUGCCAGGAGUAGUUGGCCGUGUGCCAACGUCCUCCGUCAUUGCGCCCUCGCGCUCCUCGACCGCCGUCGAGGAGGCGUCUUAUUACGCGCAUAUCACGAGGACAAUAAAUGGUGCCAAUGGUCGUGGAGCAAUUAUUAGUGGAGGAUCCAGCAGCGUCUCUCCGGAUGCUCAGCUCCAGCUUGCCACGCCAGAGUCGUCAGAAAGUCGUCACAACACCGCACAUAGCGUCACCCGUUCCUCUGCUGGCGCCUUUGUACUAGGCGGGGUACGCAUUCUGACGGAGGCGGUUGCGGGUGGCAGCUUGACAUGCAAGCGCCGCUCUCUCGUCGACUGGCUGUCCAAGUCGCAGUGCCUGGUAUACGUGGCACUCUUUGCGACUGUGCUCGGGUUUGUUGCGCAAGUCCUCACGGUACAGGCGUUCGCCAGCCGAUUCUUUCAACUCGCUUUUGGCCUAGCGAUAUACAAGGUCUACCACUCUUACUCAAGUCUCUAUGACUCGAGACCGGAACAGAGCCAUCUUGGGACCGCCACGUCAAAGCCGCAGGGCUUGAGCGACGGCGCGAGGCUUCUCUCCUGUGUCAGCACGAGACUACGACGUACCUGUCGACAGAACCAAUCCACACAAGCCCCGUUUAACGGGGCGCGGAUAAAGGUUUUGGGCCUCGCGCAAGGUCUCUCAUGA